ACCUGACCACCGGCGUGACCUACGAGGGCUACGGCUACAAGUACCUCGACCUGCUCCGCACCCACACCACCGAAGGCGGACCGGUCCUCAUCGACGGCGACGCCGACUUCGACGGCGACCUCGACAGCGACGAUGUCGUCGCUUUUGUCGAGGCGUGGGGCGCCGAAUACCUGCACGAAGGCGUCCGCGUCGGCGGGUACGCCAGCCGCACCUCGAUGCCUGAUUUCAACUACGACGGCGUCGUCGAUUUCGUGGACUGGUUUUACGUCCGCGCCAACGUCCCCGACGCCGCGUCGGCGGACCUGCUGGCGUUGCUCGAGGUUCCCGAGCCCGACGCCGGCUUGCUCAUCGGCGUCCUGAUCGUGACGGCUGCGAUGGGACUAUCGACACGCGGCGAUGUUAGCCGCUCCGACAGCGGCGGAUACCGACUCGGAGGCUUUACGCUCGUCGAGCUGCUGGUGGUGAUCGCUAUCAUCGGCAUCCUGGUGGCCCUGCUGCUGCCGGCGGUGCAAGCGGCCCGUGAAGCGGCGCGGCGUACGCAGUGCGUCAACCAGAUGAAACAGCUCGGCCUCGGGGCGCUGAACUAUGAAUCCACGAAGGGGGAGUUCCCACCCGGCGCGAUGGCCUACGGCACAUGGGGAGUUCUCCCUGCCAACCGGCCUCAAGUCCCUUUUCUGUGCCCCAACGAAGACUGCAACGGCACUAACUGGGCGAUCGAACUAUUGCCGUUCCUUGAGCAGCAGCAGAUCAACGACUGGUACGACCAAACUGAGCACAAUUUCGAAGAAGGCGAUCCCGACGGCGACGGCCUCUACAACCAGCGUGUGCGUGACAUCGAAUUUGCAAUGAUGAAGUGCCCCUCCGACUUCGCGGCAAACAACCUCGACCAAGUGCCCGCGCCUGGUUCCUACAAAGCAAUGGCAGGCGUCAUCACACAACUACCAGGCGGAGCGUGGAUCAAUUGGUCGAGCCCCAAGGGGCCGCCCAGCAAUCCAGCGAUGGCCGUCAUUAAGCAAAACUACCGCUAUCGCGGGCUGCUACACGCUGUCGGCGCCUACAACGUCCAGCCCGAGAAGAUGAAGAACGUGAUCGAUGGCGCCAGCAAGUCGUUAAUGAUCGGUGAGUACCACUGGGAAGGUGACGGCGACCCUGAACCAGUAUGGUGGGCCGUGACCCAUCGAAACUUCAAUAAAGGAGAGGCGUUUGCCGACCCACUCUUGCGUUCAGGCAACCUGGAUCACUGUAGAAGGAACAUCGUCACGGCGCCUGAGUCCUGGGCGUGCGACCGCACCUACGGCUCAAUGCACGCUGGCGACGGCGGCAACUGGCUACGAGUCGAUGGUUCCGUGGCGUUCAUCACGACUUCGCUCGAUGGCCUACUCUACGAAGCGAUGGCCACCAUCGCCGGGGAGGAUG